AUGAUGGCAGACACCGCCGGGGUGACCGGAUGCGGAGUUGGGUUAUUUGCGGUGUUUAUUGCGUGCUGAGCGCGGCGUCCCGGGGGUGUCACGCGAGGUCGGGUCACCUCCCGUCUCAGAGGGAGCUGCCCUUGGGGACAGGAGGUGGCUGAGCCCUGGAUUUCCCAAGAGCUGGGUGCUGCGUCCUGCCCAGCCUGACAAAUCCCUGCCAAGGGCAGCCCUCCUCCUCCUCCUCCUCCUGUGCUCCCAGCUGGAAUUUAAGCACCUUGGGGGGGAUUUUCAGCAUGCCCUGGUGAUGGGGAGGGCUGGGGGGCAGUGCCAGACCCCUCCCCAGCAGCACCAGAAAGCCUCUUAGGGGGGAGGGCUCGGGGAGGCAGCGUGUGGCAGCGAGCACGUGGGAAGCAGCAGCCACAUGUCAAGGACAUUGUCGCUGUCCCUGGUGUCACAUCCUGCCAGGCUCCUCUCCAAGGUGCCUUUUCUGCUUCUGUCUUAAAUCCCCAUAAAUUUGUCCCACAACCCCCUCUCCAUCCUGGGGGAUUCACAGCCACUGAGACCCACACAGACCCCCCACAUGAUCCCAGGACAAGGUCCCCAAGAAGCCACCAAACCUUCAAGUAUCACUCACUAAUGAACCCUAAUUAACAGCCAGGCUCUGCUCUCUGCCAGGGAAGUAGGUGGUUCUCCAUGGAAAACACUCCUGGACCCCUUUAAUCCUGUUUGUUAGAGCCCAACUAAUUGCAAUUAGUGGCAGGGGCUGAAGUUCAAUUAAAGUGUGCCGAGAUUAGUCUGUUUUUAAUUGCUUUAGUGCUGGAUUAGGGAAGCUUUGGAGUGACACUGGGUGUGGGCAGGGGCUGUUGGACCAGGACCCCCGCCCAGGCUGGGCUGGAGGCUGGAAUGGGGUUCCCAUCGCUCUCUUUGGGAUCAGGGGACACUGGGGCAAUCUCUUUGGGAAUGGGAUCCCCCCCACGUGGGGUCCACUGCCCACCCAGCCCGGUCAGGGCUAAUCCUGACCCCUCCUCCCCCCCAGAGCAGGGGAAGGACACUGGAUUACCCCUGGGGAAAGAAGGGAGGUCAAUAAUCCUAUUACCCCCGGGCAGGAUAAAUCUCCCUCCCCGAAAAGCCCCCCAGAACAUCCCUGGGCUGCGGGACGGAGGGAGCAGCUCUGGAAUCGUGGGACUCUAGGGUGUGAGGAGCCGCAGGGAAGGCGGUGAGCCGGGGCUGCAGCCCCCCACAGCCAUGAGCCUGGAGCCCCCCAAACCGGAGCUGAAAUCGGCCACCAGGGUCACCGGGGGUCCCGCCACCCCCCGCAAGGGACCCCCCAAGUUCAAGCAGAGACAGACGAGGCAGUUCAAGAGCAAACCCCCCAAAAAGGGGGUGCAGGGGUUCGGCGACGACAUCCCCGGCAUGGAGGGGCUGGGAACAGACAUCACUGUCAUCUGUCCCUGGGAAGCCUUCAGCCACCUGGAGCUGCACGAGCUGGCUCAGUACGGGAUCAUUUAGGAUUUUGGCAGGCUCACCUACCCUGUAGUGCUGUGUAGGUCAAGG